GUCAUCACUCUUCUACCCUUUGCCCCAGAUACAAAUAGCCUACUUUUCAGUGUUUCAUUGUCACUGGACUACUAACUGACUGGACCAUGUCUCGGGCUGCGGAGAGACUCAAGCUGCUGAUCAAUCAUCUUGAUCGACCACCCGCUGUGAUCGGGGCCUCACCAACAUCUGCCCAAACCUUCACCCACAGUCACCCACAUAAACUGAGAUACUCUUUCGAUAAUGACCUGCUGACCCCGGACCAGAGGCUCUUCUACGAAAAAAAUGGCUUCAUUCUCAUCAAGAAUCUGGUGUCUGAGGAGGACGUCAACAUGUUUAGGAAGGAGUUUGAACGGAUCUGUCGCCAGGAGGUGAAGGUUCCCGGUCUGGUGGUGAUGAGGGACGUGGCGAUCUCGAAGUCAGAGUUUGUUCAAGAUCAGAAGGCGGUCUCCAAGCUGCAGGACUUCCAGGAGGAUAGUGAACUGUUCCGGUACUGCACCUUACCAGAGAUCCUGAAGUAUGUGGAGUGUUUCACCGGACCCAACAUCAUGGCCAUGCACACCAUGCUCAUCAACAAACCUCCUGAUGCAGGUAAGAAGACUUCCCGUCACCCGAUGCACCAGGAUCUGCAUUACUUCCCGUUCCGACCGGCUGACCGGAUCGUCUGCUCAUGGACGGCCAUGGAGAAAGUGAACAGACAGAACGGUUGCUUGGUCGUCCUGCCGGGAACACACACCGGCACGCUGCAGGAGCACGACUACCCAGAGUGGGAGGGAGGGGUGAACAAGAUGUACCAUGGAGUGCGUGGCUACGACCCACAGCAUCCCAGAGUGCACCUGGAGAUGGAGAAAGGCGACACUGUCUUCUUCCACCCGCUGCUGAUCCACGGCUCCGGCAUGAACCAGACGCAGGGCUUCCGCAAGGCCAUCUCCUGCCACUACGCAGCAGGUGAUUGUUAUUACAUCGACGUGAAGGGAACCACGCAGGAAAAUAUCGAGAAGGAGGUGAACGAGAUUGCAACCAAGAAAUACAACGUAGGCAACGAAAUUACCUUCAUGGAUACCUGGGCUUUCCGAGGUCGCCUGGUGCAAGGAGAGAGGAUUUCAAUGUGAGGGUUAGACAGACGUACUUAAAGACCUUUACAUCACUGCUAAUCCCUGAGAUGAAAUGAGAGCAGGUUGAUUCAGUGACUGGGUACGAAGCAACAGGGCAUUUACAUCAGCAUAGACAACUUUUCAGUCUUCUUUUAAUUAAAGAGAGUACAGAAAAAAAGAUAUUGUCAUCUAAUUGUUUGUAUCCUAUAAUCCCUAAGUGUCUUUCAUAGUGGAAGAAUGUAAUAUCUAGAUUACUCACAUGCUUUUUACUAUUUUCACACAUUGGGAGCUGUCUGUCUGUCUGUGGUAGGAUGUAUCAAGGAGAAGGACAUAGAGAUGAGAAAGUAACAGUGUGUUAUAAAUAUAAUACAGAGCAUGUUCUGACACUACCUCCACACUUUACAACACAGAAUGCAGUUAAAAUCACAUUUAACCUUGAUGAAAAGGGAUAUCGACUGCACAGAUAGACAUAGGCUUUAAAAAGAUGAUUUGUGGUACGUUGAUUUAAAAAAAAAAAGAAGAGUAUUUUUAUACAGUGAAAGAGAGAGUUCGAGUGGAUGGAGAGAUUUUAAUGAAAGUGGUAUUAAGGAUUAACUGUAGCACUUAAUUUUAAUACACUAACAGAGGCCUUGAAUGCAUAUUGCCUUAUAACUGUAUCAAAGUGUUAAUCUUCUUGUGUCUGUUGAUAUGAUUUUAAGUGUUGGAUGAUGAUGAUGAUGAGUGAAUGGAUGCUGUUUUUGUUUAUGAGGAUUUUGUUCUGAUAAAAAUUGAAUAGCAAUAAACUCAGAAAUGACUUCUGUGAUCAUGA